UCAACGUCAACGUCCUGGGUCCUGCGUCCCGCUACUGCCUUUUUCUUUACUCCCAAGUCCCACUCGAGAAACUAUCAGGAUGGUGCUCCUCGAUUUGCUGACAUUGGGGCUGUGGUCGAAGCUCGGAAAACUCGUCCACUACACCGUUGACGCGGUUCUCAUCUCAACUAUUCUCGCCGGCAUGCGCCGCUCGACCGGCCUGACGCCCAGCCUCAAGUCCGAGAAGAUAGGCGGUGACAACACGGAAGUCCAGAAGUGGGUGGGCCGCUAUCUUGGGGUUGGCGAAAGCGUUCUCGAUGUGGCCAUCACCACUGCCGGUGGGAGUGGAUGGUUCGAGCGGACGAGGUAGGGUGACUCCUCCGAUGACGAUGAGUGAGCCGACGUGCUGUGGAAAGUAUUGAGCAUCAGGAGUGGGAAACACCCUUAUCGGGGCAGUCUGCAAUGCCAGACAGCGACGAUGAGGAGCCUCGAAGUGUACGUUGGUCGCAACGGGCUUCACGAGGCCCACUGGGAUUGGAUCAGGCGAAUUAGGCUGCUUUAUCGGAUCAGGGACGGCGUUCCGGAUUGCAUUAUAGCAGAACUUCCACAUGUUGGAUGUUCUUGCAAAGCCACUUCUCAUCUCGUUUGUAAUGGAAUUCAAGGUCAUCUCGCAC